UCAUCGGGCAAUGAGUGGCUCAAAGCAGCAAUGGCUUCCAAGCAAUCACGUCUUGAGGAGGACCUCUCCUGUCCCAUCUGUGGAAGUAUCCUUCAAAAGCCUGUAGUGCUGUUCUGCAGACAUCGUUUCUGUAAACAUUGUCUGGAGAGCUUCUGGAAUGGUGGGGGAACUUGUGAAUGCCCUCUGUGUUGCCAGCCAUCAUCUAUGGGGGAGCUCUUGGUCAACAAAAUGCUAGAGAAGACCUGCGAGUGUUUUCUGAAAGAACGCUGCAAAAAUGACCCACUUGCAUGCAAAGAACAUGGUGAGAAAUUGACUCUCUUCUGUUUGGAGGACCUGGAACCCACGUGUAGCAAAUGCGAGUCAUUGAGCAACCACAUGGGUCACCGGUUGUACCCUUUAUAUGAAGCCUCACAAGACUGUAAGGAGGAACUCAAAAAUGCAUUAAAACCACUUAAGGACAAGCUGAAGCUCUUCCAAAAAGCCAAACUGACUUGCGAGCAAACAACACAACACAUUAAGAGUCAGGCAGAGAAUACUGAGAGGCAGAUACGAGAGGCGUUUGAGACGCUGCAACAGUUCCUACGAGAUGAGGAAGCAUCCCGGCUUUCCAUGCUGAAGCAAGAGAAGAUGCAGAAGAGCCAGAUCAUGAAUGAUAAGAUUGAACAUUUGGAAAAUGACAUCACAUCUCUAACCAACACUAUAAAAACUGUUGAACAAGAGAUGAAAUCUCAGGACAUACCAUUCCUCAAGAAUUACAAAGACACUAUUAAGAGGACAUGGCAUGUUCCCCAGGAUCCAGUGAUGAUAACAGAUUCUCUGCUUGAUGUAGCUAAACACCUUGGCUCAUUAAAGUUUAAAAUCUGGGAGAGAAUGCAGGAAAUCAUUCAAUAUACUCCUGUAACCCUCGACCCAAACACGGCUGCAAGCUGCUUCCUCCUAUCAGAUGAUCUGACUACAUUACAGUGCUGUUCUGAGACCUUUAAUCUUCCAGACAACCCUGAGCGCUUUGACAUAAGUGCAGAGAUGCUGGGCAGUGAGGGCUUCAAAUCUGGCCGACACAGCUGGGAUGUGGAGGUAAAAAACAACACAUACUGGGUCAUUGGAGUUGCAAGUGCAUCCAUCAACCGGAAGGGAAAGAAUGUCCUGACCCCUGCAGAGGGAUUCUGGACCAUUCGACUACGUAACGGGGAGUAUAAAGCCUGUACUGCCCCAUGGUCACCACUCACUAUGAGUAAGGAGCCGCUGGUGGUAGUGCGAGUUGUAUUAGACAUGGACAGGUCCAAGGUCAGUUUCUACAACCCACGAGAGAGGACAGCUCUAUUCACCUUCACAGACAUCAUCACUCCGAGAGCAUUCCCAUAUUUCUGCAGUGCCUGCAAGGAGCAACCAUUAAAAGUGUUACCAGGGAGGCUGUCUGUUACAGUAGACUAAUAGGACUGUAAAGAAUGUCUCUAUCAGCAUUUCUAUCCUAAGACCUUCCCUCUCAUGUUACAUGUGUUGCGUGUGGGUGAGGCAGAUGGAAAUAACCAUUUAGCUCCACUUGCUUUGGUUUUGAAAAAUCUGAUGUACAGAACUGUGCAAAAGGUUUAGGCACUUAAGAUGUUUCACAAAAACAUUUGUCAUCAGAUGAUUAUUUAUAUCUUCAGCUUUAGUGUGUCAAUAGGAAAAAUACAUUUUAUACUCCCAAACAUUACUUCUGCAAAUGGAAACGAUUAAAAUAGAAGAACUCUGCAAGAGAUGGCAUUGCCCCCACUGAACAUCGGGUCAGUCUGAGAUUACACGAAGAGACAGAAGCAAUUGAUACAGCCUAAAUAGAUAGAAAACGUGGUGAAUUCUCCAAGAAGCUUGGAACAUCCGAUCUUCCAAAGACAUCCUCACUAUGCAAAAUGUUUCACAAGCGCCUAAAACGUUUGCACAGUACUGUAUAUCUGGAUAACAGGAAGAAUUUCAAAGCAAAAUUGUCAAGCAAUAUCAGUCAUAUUAACCACAAAAAAACAAACAAAAAAAAAAACAGUAUGUAUAUCAAGCAUUUAAGCAAAAUUCUUCCAUUAAAAAGGCUUUUUUGGUUUAGAAACAAAAUUGUUCAAACUUUUAAUAGUGCAAAUAAAUGGACAAAAUAAAUUUGUAAAUGACUAUUUCUAUACAAUAAGAAUACAUGU